GUGGGGUCACGGCCGGAGGUGCGCCGGUCACAAGCCAUGUGGCGCAGCGGGUGCGGAGCCGGGGUUUUGCUGCGGAGGCUGAACGGCCGCACCGCCAGCCUCGGAGCAUGGAGGUGGGCGAGCACCAUGGCCUGUGAGAGGGCGCUGCUGCGGUACCGGGUCGGAGAGAAGAUCCAUGGCUUCACUGUCAGCCAGGUAACAUCUGUUCCUGAGCUGUCCCUGACCGCCGUGAAACUCAGCCAUGACAGCACGGGAGCACAGCACUUGCACCUGGCCAGAGAGGACAGAAAUAACCUGUUCAGUGUGCAGUUCCGCACCACCCCCAUGGACAGCAGCGGUGCCCCGCACGUCCUGGAGCACACGGUCCUGUGCGGCUCUCAGAGGUACCCCUGCCGGGACCCCUUCUUCAAGAUGCUGAACAGGUCGCUGUCUACGUUCAUGAACGCCUUCACGGCUAGUGAUUACACCCUGUACCCAUUUUCCACACAAAACCCCAAGGACUUCCGGAACCUCCUAUCCGUGUAUUUGGACGCAGCCUUCUUUCCCUGCUUACGGGAACUGGAUUUCUGGCAGGAAGGAUGGCGACUAGAACAUGAGGAUCCCAAUGACCCCCAGACGCCGUUGGUCUUUAAAGGAGUCGUCUUUAACGAAAUGAAGGGAGCGUUUACAGAUAACGAGAGGAUGUUCUCGCAGCACGUUCAGAGCCACCUGCUUCCCGACCACACAUACUCAGUGGUCUCUGGAGGGGACCCCUUGUGCAUCCCGGACCUCACGUGGGAGCAGCUCAGACAGUUCCACGCCACACACUACCACCCCAGCAACGCCAGGUUCUUCACUUAUGGUAAUUUUCCGCUAGAACAGCAUCUGAAACAAAUUCAUGAAGAAGCACUGAGUAAAUUUCAGAGAAUCAAGCCACAUACCACAGUGCCAGCCCAGAAGCCUUGGGAUAAGCCUAGGGAGUUCCAGAUCACGUGUGCCCCAGACUCGCUGGCCGCGGGCUCCUCAGAGCAGACGACCAUCAGUGUCAGCUUCCUCCUGCCAGACAUCACUGACACAUUUGAAGCCUUCACGUUGAGCCUUCUGUCUUCACUCUUGAUCAGUGGCCCCAACUCGCCCUUCUACAAAGCCCUCAUUGAAUCUGGACUCGGCACAGACUUUUCCCCUGACGUUGGGUACAAUGGCUGCACACGGGAGGCCUACUUCAGCGUGGGCCUGCAGGGUAUUGCAGAGAAGGACAUUCAGACAGUCCAGGACCUCGUGGAUAGGACACUGGAUGACAUCAUUGAGAAAGGAUUUGAAGAUGAUCGAAUCGAAGCCUUACUUCAUAAAAUUGAGAUACAGAUGAAGCACCAGUCUGUCAGCUUUGGACUCGCCCUGACGUCUUACGUAGCUUCCUGCUGGAAUCACGACGGGGACCCCGUGGAGCUCCUCAAGCUCGGGAGUCAGGUGGCCCAGUUCCGGAAGUGCCUGGAGGAAAAUCCAAAAUUUUUGCAAGAAAAAGUAAAACAGUAUUUUAAGAAUAAUCAGCAUAAGUUGACUUUAUCAAUGAAACCAGACGACAAGUAUUCCGAGAAACAAAUGCAGCUGGAAGCAGAAAAACUGAAGCAAAAGGUCAACUCUCUUUCCCCGGAAGACAAGCAGCAGAUCUAUGAAAAAGGUUUGGAAUUACAGGCGCAGCAAAGCCAACCUCAGGACGCGUCGUGUCUGCCCGCGUUGAAGGUGUCGGACAUCGAGCCCCGCAUCCCGUUCACUGAGGUGGAGGUGGCUCUGGCAGCUGGGGACAUACCCGUCCAGUACUGCACGCAGCCCACCAAUGGCGUGGUCUACUUCAGAGCCUUCUCGAGUCUGAACACCCUGCCCGAGGAGCUCCGGCCCUAUGUGCCCCUCUUCUGCACCGUCCUCACCAAGCUGGGCUGCGGUGCCCUCGACUACAGGGAGCUGGCCCAGCAGGUGGACCUGAAGACGGGGGGCCUGGCUGCCACCCCCCACGUGCUCCCCGACGACUCACACCUCGAUACUUACGAGCAGGGUGUGCUCUUUUCAUCUUUCUGCCUUGAUAGAAACCUACCAGACAUGAUGCAUCUGUGGAGUGAAAUCUUUAACAACCCCUGCUUUGAGGCCGAGGAGCACUUCCGAGUGCUGGUGAAGAUGACAGCUCAGGAGCUGUCCAACGGGGUCCCCGACGCAGGCCACCUCUACGCGUCCAUCAGGGCAGGCAGGAUGCUGGCACCCGCGGGGGACCUGCAGGAGACCUUCGGGGGGAUGGACCAGGUGAGGCUCAUGAAGAGAAUCGCAGAGAUGACGGACAUCAAGCCCAUCCUGAGGAAGCUCCCGCGCAUCAGGAAGCAUCUUUUGAACUGUGAUAACUUCAGAUGUUCCGUGAAUGCUACUCCCCAGCAAAUGUCUCAGGUGGAGAAUUCGGUGGACAACUUCCUCAGGACCCUUAGCCGGAGUAAGAAGGAGCGGAAGCCUGCGCACCCACACGUGGUGGAGAAACCUGCACCUAAGGGACCUGGCAGGCACUCCCCAUUCACGAGGAAGCUGGUGACGUCUCAAGAUCCUGGCACGCUUGAUGACGGCUAAAUUCUUGCACACGGAAAUUCGAGAAAAAGGCGGUGCUUAUGGUGGAGGCGCCAGACUCAGCUACGGCGGGAUCUUCACGCUCUACUCGUACAGGUGAGUCGGGCCGUCUGGCCCCAGUGUUCUCACACGCGGAGUGAACUUCAGAAAAACGCUUCGCCUGUCGUCGCUGGGCCGGCGUGUAACCCCACCCAGCAAGGUCGUUUAGGCUGCAGGCCUUAGGGACAGUGGGAGGGGACAACAAAUAGCUCUGGGGUUUGGUAACCAGGGUGUGUAAGGAGAUGACCUGGAAGCUCUCCGGGGCUGGGCUAGGUCUUCAGGCCCAGACUGUUCCGCCCUUUUACGUCUCUGUUCUGUGGCCCUGCUGCCUCUCUGGCACGUCCGAGAUGGAGGGUUUCUCUCUGGCCCCGACUGCUUCAUGUCCCGUGACAUGGACUGAUGUGGUCGUGCGGGGGCUGCGGGUCUUGAGGGACAUGAAAAAUGAGGCGUUUCCCACAAGAUGCCCUCAGGACAUGCACGUGAGAAUGAGGGGCCUUGGAGCUCUUUCUGUUUAGGGGAGGACCCCAGAAACUGGCCUCUGAGGUGAUCAUUGCGCUGUCUGGGUGCAUGUUAUGAGCGUCUUCUGUUCCUUCCGGCUGGUCCCCCGGCUCUCCUGUCCUGGGUCACAGUGGUGUAGUCAGUGAUCAGGUGGCGAAGUGCGGGUGACAGGUGAGGUCUGCACGGAGAGUGUCGGUGGCUUGUGUGGCCACAUGUUAAUUUCCAGAGUGCUGGGUUGUCUGGACUGUUAAAACAGCAUUAACAACCCCGAAGCAUGGAAGAACUGAAGUCAUGCCUGGGUGUCCCCUAUACUUUUUCUGCCAAACAUGUGAGUCUGACUCCUUGGGUCUCCAGGGACCCGCAUUCCACGGAGACGCUGCAGUCCUUCCUGAAGGCCAUCGACUGGGCCAAGUCUGGGAGGUUCACGCAGCAGGACAUCAAUGAGGCAAAGCUCUCUGUCUUCGCCGCCGUGGACGCUCCGGUGGCUCCUUCAG